UUUUUUUUUUUUUCUCGUUUCUUUUGUUUCACUUCCGGUUAUCAUAUAUUUUUUUUUCUAUUAUAUGGAUUCCUCAAAGAUAAACUCACAAUCUCAUUCAACACCACAACAACAUAAAAGACCUAGGGUAACUUUGGAAUCAAUUUCUAGAACUCCCCUUUAUACUACUACUACUACUUCUUCUUCUUCUUCUAUUUCUCAUGGAAACGACAAUGAUGAUGAAAUACGACGACUAAAAGCGAUGACUUUAAAGUUGGAACACGCGUACAAAAAUGCUCAAGCUCGAAAUGAAGCUAUACAUAUAGAACACAAAGCAAAAUAUUCAGAAUACGACUUUAUUAUUGAAAGACUUACUACAGAAAAGAAGGAUGCUGAAGCUCGAGCUAUUUAUCACCAUAAACGAUCAAAAGAUGCAGCACACGCUUUGGAACUAGUUAAAAUGGAUCAUACCAAUGUCACUGAACGAUUACGAACAAAAUUGGAGGAAUUGGAAGCACAAAAUGCUAGAUUAUCAACUGAUAUCUUUUCAGAACAGCGAGAACGACAAAAAGCAACUUGGGCUUUAAAUACAAAAGAAUCUGAAUGGACAAAUCGUAUACAACAAUUGGAAACAACAGUGGAUGUACUCAAACAACAGGUAUAUAGAAUAAAAAAUAACUAUGAUCCAUGAUCUGAUUAAUUCUAUAUAUUUAAAUAGGUGGAAAAACAACAAGAGAGUAUCGCAUUAGGAUUGGAAAGGGAAUAUGAAUUGAAUAAUAAAUGGAAAGAAGCCGAUAACAAACUCAAGGAACUCAAUAAUGCCAAAUUUGAUACUGAAGCUAUCCUUACUUUUGAUCGCCAAGUCAAAUUACAAGAUGAUACAAGGAAAAUAGAGAUGGAAAAUUA